AUGUCAAAACCAGUGGCCAUUGUCACCGGCGCUGCAUCCGGCAUUGGCCUUGCGGUCAGCAAACACCUGCUCACACGGGGUUUCCGUGUCGUCAUGGCCGACGUCAACGCCAACGAGGGAGAGCGUAUUGCCUCAGAACUCGGUGAUGACGCCGUGUUCCAGAAAGCCGACGUUUCGAUUUACGCCGAACAAGCUGCGCUGUUCCAGAAAGCCUUCACGUGGGGCGAAGGCCGCCUCGACUUUCUGGCAGCAAACGCCGGGAUCGAUGACCGGCAGAGCCUUUACGAAACGGAUGAGAGCGUGGACGAGAAUGGCCUCCCGAAACCACUCAACCUGAAGACCAUCGAAGUUGACUUGCUGGCCGUUAUUCAAGGCAUUUGGCUGUUCAAGCAUUACGCACGCAAAAGUCCGGGCGGCAAAGGGAAAAUCGUGAUCACCUCGUCUGCUGCAGGCCUGUAUUCAAUGGACACCAAUCCUCUUUACAGUUCAGCCAAACACGGGCUGGUCGGGCUCACGCGCUCUUGCGGACCUGUAUUCUUGAAGGAGAACAUCACUGUGAACUGCAUCUGCCCGGCAUUCGUCCCGACCAACUUGUGCCCGCCCCACAUGCUGGCCAAGUUCCCGAAAGAGCAUAUUACCCCCAUGUCGACCGUCCUGAAAGCAUUUGACACUUUCUUGGAUGACGAUGGAAUGACGGGCCAGACAGUGGAGCUGAGCAUUGGGGAUCUGUUUUUCCGCAAACAGGUGGACUAUCCGAAUGAGAGCCAGAGGAAAUUGGCAGCACUGGGAGAGACAUUCUGGGCGGAAGCUUACGAAACGGUGCCUCCUGCCAAGAACGGGGUUUGA